CGCUGCGCGGUGUGCGCACGCCGGCGGCGUCACCACGGCUGGUAGCCAGGCAACGCGCAUAACGCGACCACCGUGAAUAGUUUGAAACGAAACGGUCGCGGGAGCGGAUCGACUCCUUCCUCCUGCCACCACCUUUCUCUCUUUCUCUUUCUCCGUCCUUUUUUCUCCUUCUUCCUCCCCUCCCCCUCUCCUCUUUCCCCUCGUCGAUCCAUCGUCGUCGUCGUCGUCGUCGCCGUCGCCGUCGAUGGAGAACGGAAGUGGCACGCGGCGACACCGAAGGAGACCGAGGGAACGUUUGGAGACGUUUCGACUGACGAUGACGAUGCUGGGCGGGGACGACGCCUCGGACGAGCGGAAUGGGACGAACGCGUGGCACCAGGAGGACGCCGUUUCGUACAACGUGACGACGACCGCAAGCAAGACGAGCCACUUCGAGACCGAUUUGCACGGGAACGUUAACAUUCUUCUCGGCGGGGCGAUGCUCAGCGGGGUGAUUAUGGUCGUUCUGCUCAUGUGCUACUGCUGUCACAAGAGUAUUCGAAAGAAUCGGCCGCAAGAGUACCCGCAAUACUGGAGAACGGAACCGGACGUGCACAGCCUCGAGGUGUUCACCACGGAAGCGCACGCCGCCUGCUGCGAGAGGCAACAACAACAACAACAACAACAAUCGGCGACGAGCGAGGGAAACCAGGACGAGAACGGCUACGACGCUUUGUCCUGCCCCGUGACACCGAUUUCCGGGCCGGGCCCACCUCCAACUUACGACAGCCUGAUCUUCGAUAGAAAAAGCCUGGCCAUCUCGAUGGAGAAGAAGGGGGGGGAGACGCCCGGUGUCAUCAUUCCCUCGAUGGUGUCCACGUUGUUUGGGCUGAGCGAGAGCGCGAGAUCGGGCGUGGGGCGCGACGAGGCUAGCCUCGAACAGCAACAAGCCUUGGACGAGGGAUUGCCUUCUUACGAGGCCGCCUUGAAGUUGGACGCGACUGGUUACGUGUAACGAACACGCGUCCGGACACGCCUCUGAUCCUCAACAAUUUCACGAUUGUGUUCCUUAGCGUCGAGUCUUUCCAAACUCGGAGAAGUUUGAAAUAAAGAGUGAAGGGACAAGGAGAUGGAAAGAAAGAAGAUGGAAAUCGUAGCUUUACUUAAUUAACGUGAGAUUAGGAAAAAAUUAUUUACCUAUUCCCGUAGUUAGUAGAGAGAGAGAGAGAGAGAGAGAGAAUGCGUGCUCGUGUGCUUUCGAUGCUACUCUUUUAAUCUUAGAAGACGCUCUUGUUCUUUAGAAGGAACAAGAUUCUGGAUUCCUUCGAUUCGAAUCUAUCGUGAGUGGGCGAACAAAGAAAAACGUGGGCACGAAACGAAGAAAUAUCCUCGUGGAUUUAUCCUCGUCUCGUUAGAUAUAGAUUAUUUUCAAAUCUCGUGUAACGUAAUAAUAAAUGUGUAUAACCUAGUCUGAAUAAACACCGAGGGAAUAAUAAUAUUAUACGCGAGUGUUAUCGCUCGCUAAUCUUCUUCUAAAGAUCCGCAGAAUUGAUCCUAAAAAUAUACAAAGCUUGAACGAUUGUUUCACGAGCGAAUAAUCGAUCGUGUAAAUUCGCGUAAAUAAAGGGGGGAAAGAAUUAUAUUAUGGAAUUAUAUUAUUCGCUCCAGGGAAUGGUGGGAGGAUUCUAGUAAAUCCGAAUUGUUCGUUAAAAACCGUGUGCCGUCGGUUCGUAAUGCGUGAAGUCGGCUGAAGAAAUCGAUCGUCUUAUCCUUCCUUAGCCUUAUGGCGAAGGCCACUUUAGUGGUCCUCAAUCAUAUCGUUGAUCAGCUUAAAGACCACUUUAGGCGGCCACGAAUUACGACUUCGUUUAUGGCUCGUUUCGCGGAGCUGAUCGAGUGUCGCGAAUUCGUCUACGCGUCGCUCGACGCGAUUCGACUUCUUCAACUCGAAACGUGCGCGCGCAACGAACAAAUAUUUUCCCAUCGUUGAAUCGCUAUCGACGAUGGAAGACAAUUUUUUCUCCGGAUCGAAUGAGAUCGAUCGAAAGAGGAAAUUUUUCGUGUACGGGAGAAAAGAAAAGAGGUUUCGAUCGAGUUGAAGCGGAAAAGGUAAUAGAACGAUUUGAUUUUCAAUUCUUCUUGGAGAAAUGCUACGCAUCGAUUUUACUCGGCUCGAUUCGAGUAGUUUAUCCUUGAGGCUGUUUGCAAAUUAAUUGUAACAAAUCUUUAUUCUCCAAGAGAGAGAACAGAGAGAGAGAGAGAGAGAAAGAAAGAGAGAGAUAAUAAAGCGAACUUUUGAUUAAUUAUCGGAUAUCUUAAUGACAACAAGUGUGUUACAAAACAAGUGUUCGUUUGAUGGAAACAAAAGGGACGAGACAAUUUCAUACGUUAUCUACUACUUCCUUUCGAGUUUUUUUCGGUUACGUAAGAAGAGGCAAA